AUGCCUCCAACAAGACAUACUCGUGCCAACAGCAACCCUGAAGGCACCAACAGUACCAAUAAUAACAAUGGCAACCAGAAUGUCAACACAUGCACAGUAGAUCCUGCUGUUGCCCAACUAAUUCAAAUUUUGGCCCAACAAACUGUUCACUUUACCCGGCAACAGCAACAUCAAGAGAAUCCUAGGGUAACUCUUAAAACUUUUCAGGCAGUUCAUCCCCCAGAGUUUAAGGGCUCAGCAGAUCGUGUUGUAGCCCAAACAUGGUUAAUGGAAAUGGAAAAGUGUUUUGAGUUAGUUCCAGCAAAUGUGGAACAGAAAACAAAGUUUGCCAGUCAUUACUUAAAGAAUGAAGCGACGUAUUGGUGGGAAUCUGUUAAGAAUAUGGAAGGUACAGUUGAGAUUACUUGGGAGAGGUUUGAGGAAUUGUUUUUAGAAAAGUAUUUUCCUAGGUUUCUUCAGGUUCAAAUGGAGUUAAACUUUUUAGAGCUGAAACAAGGAAAUAUGUCUGUGGUUGAGUAUGAGAAUAAGUUUGCGGAAUUGGCCAGGUUUGUGCCAACUUAUGUAGAGACAGAUAGGCAGAAAGCAAAGAGGUUCCAGCAAGGUCUGAAGCCUUGGAUUAGGAGCAAGUUAGCCAUUUUACAAUUGGACACUUAUGCGGCAGUUGUUGAGAAAGCAAUGAUUGCGGAGACUGAAAAUGAGUCGUUUCAAAAGUCUAAGGAGAAUAAGAAAAGAAAGCCGGAAAAUAGAGAGGGACCAUCCCAUUUAGGGAGGUUCCAAAAUCAGAAGAAAGGGAAAUUUCAACCAGGAAGGAAUCCCAACUUUAAGAAACAAAUACUAGGCAGUAGUGGACAUGGUAGUCGUUUUGUUAUUGGGAGUCAGGCCAAUCAGCAGAGGCCUUCUAUAGCAGAAUGCCAGAUAUGUGGGAAAAGACAUGGAGGAGUGUGCAACAAACUGAAUGUGGUGUGUUUUAAGUGCAACCAGAAAGGACACUAUUCUAGGGAAUGUCAGAAUCAACCAGUGAUAAGAGAUCAGGCGAUCAGGGGCUCAACAAGUAAAGCUCCAGCUAUAGGAUAUGCAUGUUUCAAAUAUGGAAAGCAGGGACAUAUAGCUAGGGAUUGUAAGACAUCAGCCCCAGUUAGUAAUGCACUUAGGAUCAUGGGAACUAUUCCAGAAGUGAAUGAGCCUCCUAGGGUGAGAGUUUUUAACAUGUCAGAGAAUGAUGCUAUUCAAGAUGCUAAUGUGGUGACAGGUACGCUUAACGUAAAUUCUUUAAAUGCUAAGGUGUUAAUUGAUUCAGGAACUACUAGAUCAUUUAUUUCUCAAGCUUUUGUUGAUAAGUUAAAUUGUCUGGUUGAGUUGUUGAAUGAGGCUACGAAUGUAGCUAAUCAGGAUCGUAUUCUUGUUGAUUGA